AUGACAACAAGGCAAGUCCUGUUAUUUUUGCUGCUCUGGAUGUGGCUGCCGCAUCCUUGCCGUACAGAAAUGCAGUUCAGAAGGACUCCUGAUCUCAAACCCAAAAGCUUUGUGGGACGUGCAUCAGGGAGCGAUGGAAAAGCGCUUCACCGCCAGAAGCGAGGCUGGAUGUGGAACCAGUUUUUCCUUUUAGAGGAGUACACAGGAUCAGAUUAUCAGUAUGUGGGCAAGCUUCAUUCCGACCAGGACAAGGGAGAUGGGUCCCUCAAAUAUAUUUUGUCAGGAGAUGGGGCUGGUACUCUUUUUAUUAUUGAUGAGAAAACUGGUGACAUUCACGCCACUCGGAGAAUUGACAGGGAAGAGAAAGCCUUUUACACCCUGCGUGCCCAAGCUAUAAAUAGAAGAACUCUGAGACCAGUGGAACCUGAAUCUGAGUUUGUCAUCAAAAUCCAUGACAUCAAUGAUAAUGAACCAACAUUUCCAGAAGAAAUUUAUACUGCUAGUGUUCCUGAAAUGUCAGUAGUGGGUACUUCUGUGGUGCAAGUUACAGCCACUGAUGCCGAUGACCCUUCAUAUGGAAACAGUGCCAGAGUCAUUUACAGCAUACUUCAAGGACAGCCAUAUUUCUCCGUGGAACCAGAAACAGGCAUCAUCAGGACUGCUUUGCCAAACAUGAACAGAGAGAACAGGGAGCAGUACCAAGUAGUUAUCCAGGCAAAGGACAUGGGAGGCCAGAUGGGUGGAUUAUCAGGGACCACCACCGUGAACAUCACAUUGACGGAUGUCAACGACAAUCCACCUCGAUUCCCCCAAAAUACGAUCCAUCUCCGCAUUCCCGAAUCCUCCCCGGUUGGGACUGCCAUCGGCAGCGUCAAGGCCACAGAUGCAGACACUGGGAAAAAUGCAGAAGUAGAAUACAGAAUUAUAGAUGGUGACGGGACAGAUAUGUUUGAUAUUGUGACACAGAAGGACACACAGGAAGGCAUCAUAACUGUGCGAAAGCCACUGGACUAUGAAACAAGAAGACUUUACACAUUGAAAGUAGAAGCUGAGAAUACCCAUGUGGAUCCACGAUUCUAUUAUCUUGGGCCUUUUAAAGAUACAACUAUUGUGAAAAUAUCUGUAGAAGAUGUAGAUGAACCUCCUGUCUUCAGCAGAUCAUCUUACCUUUUUGAGGUGCAUGAAGAUAUUGAGUUGGGGACAAUAAUAGGAACAGUAAUGGCACGAGAUCCUGAUUCGGCUUCGAGUCCUAUAAGAUUUUCUCUGGAUCGUCACACUGACCUUGACAGGAUAUUUAACAUUCAUUCUGGAAACGGAUCCAUCUAUACAUCCAAACCACUUGACCGUGAGAUAUCACAGUGGCACAAUCUUAGUGUUAUAGCAGCUGAGAUCAACAACCCCAAAGAUACUACUCGUGUUCCUGUCUAUGUGAGAAUUUUGGAUGUUAAUGACAAUGCCCCACAGUUUGCUGUAUUCUACGAUACCUUUGUGUGUGAAAAUGCAAGAGCUGGACAGCUUAUCCAGACUAUAAGUGCAGUAGACAAAGAUGACCCUCUUGGUGGACAAAAAUUUUUCUUCAGUUUAGCUGCUGUUAACCCAAACUUCACUGUUCAGGAUAAUGAAGAUAACACUGCCAGAAUUUUGACAAGAAGGAAUGGCUUUAGUCGACAUGAAAUAAGUACUUACCUUCUACCCGUGGUGAUAUCGGACAACGACUACCCGAUCCAGAGCAGCACGGGCACGCUGACCAUUCGCGUGUGCGCCUGCGACAGCCGGGGCAACAUGCAGUCCUGCAACGCCGAGGCCCUGCUCCUCCCGGCUGGCCUCAGCACAGGGGCGCUGAUUGCCAUCCUCCUCUGCAUCGUUAUCCUGCUAGUCAUAGUGGUGCUGUUUGCUGCUCUGAAGAGGCAACGGAAGAAGGAGCCUUUGAUCCUGUCUAAAGAGGACAUCAGAGACAACAUUGUGAGUUAUAACGAUGAAGGCGGUGGAGAAGAAGACACCCAAGCCUUUGAUAUUGGCACACUGAGGAAUCCUGCAGCUAUCGAAGAUAAGAAGCUUCGACGAGAUAUUAUCCCCGAAACGCUAUUUGUACCGCGGAGGACUCCUUCAGCACCAGACAACACAGAUGUCCGAGAUUUCAUUAACCAAAGGCUAAAAGAGCAUGACAGUGACCCUUCUGCACCGCCGUACGACUCGCUUGCAACCUACGCUUACGAAGGCAACGAUUCUAUAGCUGAAUCCUUGAGCUCACUGGAGUCGGGUACCACUGAAGGGGACCAAAACUAUGAUUACCUCCGAGAGUGGGGCCCCCGGUUUAAUAAGCUCGCUGAAAUGUAUGGUGGAGGAGAAAGUGACAAAGACACUUCUUAA